AUGGACAAACUCAGAAAGUCCUUCAAAUCUGACCAACGCCAUCCAAACCACCCUGAAGAACGACAAAUUCUCUUGAACCAAAGUGAAAAUCCCAUGGCAUCACAGUCUACUGAUCUGGGCGAUCGUAAAGAUGUAGUAAUCAAAAUCACUGGCAAAGAGAACAGUAAACAAACUGAGAUUGCUUCACAAUCGCCGUCGCCGUCGCAGAUUUCCGAUCGUGGAAGUGAUACUACCGGCAAGAUGUGGGGAGACUCUAGCUACGAUUUCUCGAACGAUGUAACGUUGGCUAGAGUUGCGAGAGAGUUCGACUUUACGACAGAUUCACCGUUGUCGCAGCGUUCGCCGUUAUCGAGAAUUCCUGAGAGUCCGAACUACGGUCAAGUUUCGCCGAGGGAAGUGAGGGUUUCUUUCAACGAGACCACGACUGAGUCGGUUCGAAGACGGUCCAAUGCUGGUGCUGAGCUCAUUGGUGGUGAACAACAAGAGGUUUUAGUGUGCAGUUCGAACUCGUCGUUUCGGCAGAAAUCGAGCUUGUUGAGGACGAAGUCUAAGUCGAGGUUGAUGGACCCACCUGAAGAUCAGAGGUCUCAGAGACUCAUGAAGUCUGGUAUGAUCGGAAAAGUUAGUGAAAUUGACGAGGACGACCCUUUCUUGGAGGAAGAUCUACCAGAUGAGUACAAGACGAUGAAGUUCAGUACAUUGGCUCUGCUUCAAUGGGUGAGCUUGAUUUUGAUCAUUGCAGCUUUGGUUUGUAGCAUUGCCAUUCCAUUUUUAAGAAGAAAAACGAUUUUUGAGCUUGAAUUGUGGAAAUGGGAGCUUAUGAUUUUGGUUUUGAUCUGUGGAAGACUGGUUUCGGGUUGGGGAAUUCGAAUCGUUGUGUUCUUCAUUGAGCGUAAUUUUCUGUUGCGAAAACGGGUUUUGUAUUUUGUUUAUGGGUUGAGGAAUGCUGUGCAGAAUUGUAUUUGGUUGGGUUUGGUUUUGAUUGCCUGGCAAUGUAUUUUUGAUAAGAAGGUUGAGAGAAUGACCGAUGGGAUGGUAUUACCUUAUGUGACCNUCAAUAGAAAAAUGUAUCUUCUUGUUGAACAAUCUGACCUUCAAGUCCCUUUUAGUUCUUUAAUGGACAAACUCAGAAAGUCCUUCAAAUCUGACCAACGCCAUCCAAACCACCCUGAAGAACGACAAAUUCUCUUGAACCAAAGUGAAAAUCCCAUGGCAUCACAGUCUACUGAUCUGGGCGAUCGUAAAGACGUAGUAAUCAAAAUCACUGGCAAAGAGAACAGUAAACAAACUGAGAUUGCUUCACAAUCGCCGUCGCCGUCGCAGAUUUCCGAUCGUGGAAGUGAUACUACCGGCAAGAUGUGGGGAGACUCUAGCUACGAUUUCUCGAACGAUGUAACGUUGGCUAGAGUUGCGAGAGAGUUCGACUUUACGACAGAUUCACCGUUGUCGCAGCGUUCGCCGUUAUCGAGAAUUCCUGAGAGUCCGAACUACGGUCAAGUUUCGCCGAGGGAAGUGAGGGUUUCUUUCAACGAGACCACGACUGAGUCGGUUCGAAGACGGUCCAAUGCUGGUGCUGAGCUCAUUGGUGGUGAACAACAAGAGGUUUUAGUGUGCAGUUCGAACUCGUCGUUUCGGCAGAAAUCGAGCUUGUUGAGGACGAAGUCUAAGUCGAGGUUGAUGGACCCACCUGAAGAUCAGAGGUCUCAGAGACUCAUGAAGUCUGGUAUGAUCGGAAAAGUUAGUGAAAUUGACGAGGACGACCCUUUCUUGGAGGAAGAUCUACCAGAUGAGUACAAGACGAUGAAGUUCAGUACAUUGGCUCUGCUUCAAUGGGUGAGCUUGAUUUUGAUCAUUGCAGCUUUGGUUUGUAGCAUUGCCAUUCCAUUUUUAAGAAGAAAAACGAUUUUUGAGCUUGAAUUGUGGAAAUGGGAGCUUAUGAUUUUGGUUUUGAUCUGUGGAAGACUGGUUUCGGGUUGGGGAAUUCGAAUCGUUGUGUUCUUCAUUGAGCGUAAUUUUCUGUUGCGAAAACGGGUUUUGUAUUUUGUUUAUGGGUUGAGGAAUGCUGUGCAGAAUUGUAUUUGGUUGGGUUUGGUUUUGAUUGCCUGGCAAUGUAUUUUUGAUAAGAAGGUUGAGAGAAUGACCGAUGGGAUGGUAUUACCUUAUGUGACCAAAAUUUGGGUGUGUCUUUUGGUGGGUACUCUGAUUUGGCUUCUGAAAACACUUCUUGUUAAGGUUCUUGCUUUCUCCUUCCAUGUCAAUACGUUUUUUGAUCGGAUUCAAGAGUCUUUGUUUAAUCAGUAUGUAAUUGAGACACUCUCGGGUCCACCAUUGAUUGAAAUUGAGGAAGAACAGGAAGAGGAGGAGAGGGUCAUGGUUGAGGUACAGAAGCUUCAGAAUGCUGGGGCAACUAUUCCUGCAGACCUGAGGGCAAAUUUGUUUCCAAGGAGUGGGAAAGGAACACCUCAAAAGAGCCCCAUGUCUGCCACUGGAACUACUAAUACAAAGAGUCCUAGAUUUUCUAGGGUCAACUCUAAGAAGGAGAAGGAUGAGGAGAGGAUCAAAAUUGACCACUUGCACAGGUUGAAUCAGAAGAAUAUUUCAGCAUGGAAUAUGAAGAGGUUGAUGAAUAUUGUUCGAAAAGGGGUGCUAUCGACUUUGGAUGAGCAACUACAAGAGUCAACUACUGAGGACGAGUCUGCAGUGCAGAUCACAAAUGAAAACCAGGCAAAAGCUGCAGCCAAGAAGAUAUUCUGCAAUGUGAGCAACCCAGGGUCCAAGCACAUCUACCUCAAGGAUCUGAUGCGCUUUAUGAGAGACGAUGAAGCCUUGAAGACCUUGCAUCUCUUUGAAGGAGCAAGUGAAAGCAAGGGCAUAAGCAAGAGAGUUCUUAAAAAUUGGGUGGUCAAUGCAUUCAGAGAACGGAGAGCUCUUGCUUUAUCUCUCAAUGACACCAAAACUGCCGUAAACAAACUCCACCACAUGUUGAAUGUCCUUGUAGGACUCCUCAUAGUAGUUAUCUGGCUUCUUAUACUCAAAGUUGCAACUACCCAUUUCUUCAUCUUUUUAAGCUCCCAGCUUCUUUUGGUGGUCUUCAUGUUUGGAAACACAUGCAAGACAACAUUUGAAUCAAUCGUCUUCUUAUUUGUAUUGCACCCAUAUGAUGUGGGAGACCGAGUGGAAGUGGAAGGAGUUCAGAUGAUAGUUGAAGAGAUGAAUAUAUUAACAACUGUUUUUCUGAGGUUUGAUAGCCUAAAGAUCACAUAUCCAAACACUGUUCUAUCUACCAAGCCCAUCAGUAAUUAUUAUCGAAGCCCAGAUAUGGGAGAUUCAAUCGAUUUUUGUAUCCACAUCUCAACUCCCAUGGAAAAGAUUGCCAAGAUGAAAGAAAGGAUAACAAGGUACAUUGAAACCAAGGGCGAUCACUGGCACCCAGCCCCAAUGAUAGUUCUGAGGGAUGUGGAGGACAUGAACAGACUGAAAAUAUCAAUAUGGCUUUCACACAGAAUGAACCAUCAGGACAUGGGUGAGAGGUGGGCAAGGAGAGCUCUUUUGGUUGAGGAGAUGAUCAAAGUGUUCAAGGAGCUUGAUGUCGAGUACCGCAUGCUACCCCUUGACAUGAAUAUCCGCCAUAUGCCAGCCUUGACUUCAAACAGGCUGCCCUCUAUUUGGACAGCCUCUUCUACCUGA